CAAUCAUCUUUUCCUGCCCAUGUUUCUCGUCGCAAAUACAAUAUUUCUCAACAGACACCUAACGAAUUAUGUAUAAGUUUUGCAGAUAUUUCAGAAAUGAGGGUGGAAACGUCUCUGAAAUUCUUAAUUCCUAAUAUUUUAUGCCAGCAAGAUUUUGCAGUCCUUGAUUUGUAUGCUGAUACAGCAAAAGCAAAAAUUCUCAAUUGCAAAUGGACUGUGAACAAAUACGACUGUGACAAUGCUCCUGGAUAUACUCAUACAAUUGAAAACGACCAUGCGCUUAUCACGGUGCUACCUGGUUUUAAAGAGAAAGCUGACGAUUUUAUCUGUGAAGUCCUCGGUCAGCCUAAGACUGACCCUAGCAUGUGCCUUUGCAAAACAGCAGGUACGAUUGGCAGUCACAUCAAUAUUUCAGCGACAAGCACAAACGCCACUACCCGGGGAGAGCCUGACAGUGUUGAUUAUAUGGCCCUGUAUGUGGGCGUGGGCGCAUUCGUGUUCGCGUUGGUGGCGGUAUUGCUUAUAGUUUGGUACAAGAAAGGAUCAGGAUACAAAAUUGUAACCAGAGGCCAAUUUCUACGAUUGCAAUGUCUUGGUGCUCAUUCUAACCAUCACCAGACAGCGGAUUUCGAUGCUACUGGUGAGAAUUCAGUGGAAUCUGCUCAUCUUUCGACUCAACCCUUACCAGAUACAAAUGAAUAUAUUCCUCCUCUGUCUGAAGGUGGCCUACCAAAUAAAGUGAGAAGGAAGAAGGAACCCUCCAGAACCGUAUAACACAAGCAGGAUUCAGAGGAGAGAUCUGUAUAGAAUAUGAGUACAAAAUGAGGAUACCCACCUCAUUGAAAGGGCCCAUCAUGCAGUUGUCCACAAUACGGGCAAAGAGCUUUGAUGAGUUUGCCAACUUUCUCGUUGUGUGGAUCAAUACCUGUGAUCUG